AUGGCCAGCUCAGUCGAUGCAAAGCUGUUGAAAUCAACCAAAUUUCCUCCUGAGUUCAGCCAGAAGGUUGACAUGCAGAAGGUGAACGUUGAGGUAAUGAAAAAAUGGAUCGCUGGCAAGAUCGCGGAGAUCCUCAACAAUGAUGAUGAUGUGGUUAUUGAACUCUGCUAUAAUCUUAUGGAGGGAGCGCGAUUUCCCGACAUCAAGAAGAUGCAGAUUCAAUUGACAGGCUUCCUCGACAAAGACACAGCUCCGUUCUGUAAAGAAUUAUGGAAGCUUUGCUUGAGCGCGCAAACCAACCCCCAGGGUGUUCCAAAGGAGUUGCUCGAGGCCAAAAAGCUCGAGCUCAUUCAAGAAAAGAUCCAAGCCGAGAAAGAUGCAGAGGUGGCUCGUCAACGACGCGAAGAAGAUCAACUAAGAGAGCGCGAAACGAACAAUGUCAGGAAUCGCGAGCGAGCCGAACGUGGAGAUCGUGGUCGUGAGAUUUUGGCCGAGGAAAUGACCGGGAUUUUGGGAGAGGCAAUGGACGGAACUACGAUAGACGCGGCCCAAGACAUUCCAGAUCUCCCCCGCGGCGUCGACCCGAUUCCAGAGAGCGAGGGUCGUUUCGAAGAGAUACUGACACCUACGUGCCCCCUGGACGAGGUGGACCGAGACGUGAUGAAAGAAGAAGGUUGCCCACAUCUGAAUCCCCCAGUCCGUUGGCAGACUCGCGUUCCACCUCGCGCUCUCCUACUCGUUCGCCCGCGCGAAACCGCCGUCGCUCAUUAUCAAGGUCCAGGUCUCCUGCUCCGCGCAGGCGCCGGUCCAUCUCCAGGUCACCAGACAGGCGCAGCUAUAGGGGUAGGGGAGGUAGAGACAGAGGAAGAAGCCCUGAUCGUGGAGCUCGUCGCAGAUCACCAACUCCUUCCAAUUCCUCUCGCACGCCACCACCCAAGCGCCGACGAGCAACGUCUGAUUCUAUUAGCCCAUCUCCGCCCCCAAGAAGAUCUCGUAACCGCUCCGAGUCUAUUAGUAAAUCUCCGCCAAGAAGAUCCAGGCGUUACUCUACCUCCAGAUCGAGAUCGCCUUCAACUUCCCGAUCACGGUCUGCCAGCCGUACUCCCAUUCGCAAAAAGUAGAAAUGUGACCCCGCCACGUCGCCGUCGUCGUAGUCCAUCAAGAAGCAGAAGUCGUGGUGGAAGGGAUCGAAAACGCCGGCGAUCAUUAGAGCGAUAUGAGCCGUCCAAGAGAAGACGUAGUUCCUCCUCAGUCUCUUCACCUGUUGAUACAAAGAAUAGGUCAGCUGAUUCAGAUAACCCGUACGACAAAGGGUCCCCGCCUAGAGAGAAGGAGAUUGGGGGUGCUGGACCUGCGGUAACUACCGAGGUUGGUAACGCUUCGUAA